CUUCCCCUCCUGGAAACAAGUGAAGGUUUAAACUAUGCAGUGAUAACAACUAGCUGUUUAUCACUUCAGUUAAUACAUAUGACACACAGGUUCAGGUAGUCGAUAAAUACCGGCAUCUCAUGGUAAAUAGGAUGGAAGUUGCAAUCAAAUUAUUGGGAUCGUACUGUAGAAUAUCGUUGUAUUGUAAGCCAGUGCAAUCCCUAGCAUAUCGUUUUGCAUCUGAAAGCAACGAAAAAUUUGGAAAAGAGUUACUUCCAUCUGAAAAGCGUUUUGAUGAGGUGGCAAUCGAAUUGCGUACCAAACAAACUUUCCUGAAUGUUAUCGAUAAUUUUUGUAAAAAACAAAUGCAUGCUCGAGGGCACGUAGAAUUUAUAAAUUCAGCGCUAAAAUAUAUGAAGGAAUACGGGUUACAGAAGGAUCUGGAUAUUUAUAAAUCGUUGCUCAACAUAUUCCCGAAAGGACCGAUGAUACCUACGAAUGUUUUUCAGCGAAGAUUUUUGUAUUUUCCCCAGCAGCAGAUAUGUUGCGUCAAACUUCUCGAUGAAAUGGAAUGGUUUGGAGUUCAGCCAGACAAAGAAAUUCAUGAUUUAGUCGUUAACGCUUUUGGGGAAUGGAAUUAUGCCACAAAAAAGGUGAAACGCAUGUUGUAUUGGAUGCCAAAGUUGAAACAUUCGAAUACUUAUUUGGAUCGUCGGAAAAUUGAAGGGAAAAAAUUGAGUGCUGUAGAUCUUGGUUAUUUAGCGUUAAAAAUGAUAUCUCGCGACCCAGGUACACGAAUAACUCUUGUUGGGAUUAACGACACAGAGUUGAGUGAAUCUGACAGGUGGCUGUUAUCUGCUCAAAGUCAUCUUCAAAAAAAAUUGUUGCGAAGUUUGGAAAAAAAUACUACUUUAUAUGUGGAUGGACCUAAUAAAGUGUAUUUAAUGGAUCACUGUAUUGAAUACGUUGGUCUUUUUAGUGAUCCAAAAUCAUCUCAGUAUUAUGAAAAAUAUGAGGAGGAUGAUUUGGACGAAGACUUUGAAAAUUGGAGAAGUGAGUGGGAUGGAGGUUAUGAAAAACGUUCAAAAUAUAAUAUCCACGAACAGCAGCACGAAACAAUUCUGGCCCUUUCGGUUUUUGGCAGAGUUUGUCGGGAAACUGCAGUCGCUUGGAUUAGUCAUUUGCAAGAAAUAAAUCCAUCCUUACAUACUGCCCGGGUUUUAUUCCGAACAAAACAAGCCAGUGAGACACAGAUAAUACAGUUAUCUUGA